AUGGCGUCUCAGGGUGGUGCGAAUUUCGUGCGGUACUUUUUCUAUAAAGGAUACAAAUUGGAUGAUAAAGCCAAGCAGCAAGCCGUCGCGCUUGCUUACGCCACAGCCCGGGAACUCAAGCUUGCUCCGAGCAUGAUUCUCAUACGUGCCGGCUUGCACAGAACCACCAGCAGAGCGGGCAAGCAUGUCAUAGAUCCCAACGGCUGGCAUUUGACCAUGGCCUUCAAGGACCAGAAGCUGGAGGCACAGGGGUUUCACGUUGCUUCUCACGGAUACACCAAUGGACAGCAAGACUAUGUGCUCGAUCAUGGAACCCAUACUGCGGCGAAAAGGGACGACACCCCCCGCGGUCCAGUCGGAUCUGGCAAGGUUGUGUGGCCCGACGAGUCGCAACUGGAUGAGUAUGAGAAUAGCCCCAUCGCAUACUCGCAUUUUACCGACCCGUCUUCCAAGAAAUAG